CAAACUUCAAAACGGAACGUCAACAAAGUUCUGUGUUAUUGUUUACGAGUAAUUUAUUGAUAGAAGUACUGCAAAAACUUACGUCUUUUCCAAUAAUUGCUGCGCAAACAGCCAUUUCUGUUUGUUGAAAACUACCACUCCUUUUAAUCGACAAUCCACAACAAACAAGAUAGAUCUACCGCAUCUACAAAGUUGUAUGCCCUGCCUUUUGCGCAACUUAAAAAUGCCGGAAGUGGAAAUGCUCUACGAUGUUCAAAAUCGUUCAGGAGCCAGGGGAAACAACGCAUAUGUGAGAUUCAUCAACAAGACUGAUAGAGUGAUUGAAAUCGUUUGGCUGAAUUACACCGGAAUGUACAUAAGAUACAAAAUUUUGAAAAAGGACUAUUUCGUAGACGUUAAUACAUUCAACACGCACCCUUGGGUUGCCUUCGAUUACGAGACCAAAAAUAGACUUCACAUUGAUAAGGAAUUCGUGUACCAUCCAAAAACUAGCAAAGAAUUUUUUAGGCAAAAAUAUCCCAAUCGAACAAUACCAGAAAAUUACGAAGCGAGAAUUAGAGCCUACAUCACACUGCCCAUUUAUAGCCUCAGAUACACAGCUCUCUUAUCCAUAAGGAAUAUGCUCAACUCCUCAGAGGAUGCCAGCAAAUUGGAACUGCCCAAACCACUAGUCGAAGAUCUGAAGAAAGUCAUACAAUUUAGAAACAAUUUAAAAUUUACGCUCGAUACUCAAGGGGAAAGGAUGUUGUAAAUCAUGUUAAUUUAUUUGCGUAUUAAUUCAAACCAUUGCACGGGUCGAUGGAAGGCGAAAGGAAACUAACUUAGUGCUCUUAUUACUUCAAAAACUUAAGCAUCUGGUGCUUUAAUUGCUAUAAUUUCAUCCAAAUCACAAGAUAAUGUGAUUCACUGGAUGCUUGUUUUGAUAUUGUUAUUUUGAUUUAGAGCUAACUCUUUGCGAGUUCAAAAUAGACUGAAAACUAUUUAUAAAACUAUCUUACGAUAAUUAUAACCUAAGUUGUAUAGUUCUUGUUUUUCUAUUUAAUUAAUGUAUAGGAAAAUAAUAAAGGUUUUUUUGAUACAAAAAUA